UUAUUACUAUUGUCAUCAUUAUGAUUAUUGUGAAAGCAACGUUUGUAAUCAUAGUAGGAGUUCCGCUAACAGUCGUCCUUUAGCAGUUCUGGUACGAGCUACCGAAUUGAACGUGCCGCUAGUGUUUCUUAAACGGCGUGCCAACGACCAACAAUAACUUGUGCGUGUAUUUCCGUGUCUGUUAUGUAUCGCUUAUGAUUUAGAUGUGACUAUAUGCGUAAGCGCAUAGGCGGGUAUAUGAAUACAAGUAAGGUUGUGACUGGUGAAUCUCAACGCUGUUUCUUCACGUGACGAUGACACGUUUGCCGUCUGCUGUAAUCCAUUCACCAGAAGUUGCCAAUAGCUCAGCAGCGAUCAUUAGAAAUUGUCGCUUAACAACCGGCCUUCGCACGUUUAGUGGUACCAGCAGAAGCUUUCACAUCGAUUUCAUAGCGGCAACAUCGCUGGCUUUUUCCACAACGUUUAGCGGCGUGGUCACAACAACGCCAAUACGACAAUGAAGGAUGAAGCCACUGAUAAUGAUUACGGUGAUUAUGGCUGUCGAAGUAAUGUUUUCUUUUUGGAGCCCACAGAUUUCUAAAUAGGCCGCGUCACCACUGCCAGCCAACUGCCCUCAGCUUAUACUGUGCUAUAGUAGGAAACAAUCGAGCACGGACGCAAAGCGAGGACAACUACUAACCCUCGGCUAAAGUGGAGAGAAGAUGAUUUCGAGGGUUUUCACAGUACCAGAUUGGGCUAGAAGAUCGAGGCGGCGGCGGCGGCUACGAAGCAAUUGGUUAUUGGCAAAUCGUAGAGUUCGAUCAAAUUUACUGUGGAAUAUUAUCGAUCGACAGUGCUCCAUAAGCCGAGCUCCAUCGGUCAGAAAAUAUCAUUGCAGAGACAGGAGUGAGUUCGUACGGUGCCAACAAUCGCUGGGUGUUACCAACGUCGCGUGGCAGUGUACAGUAUGGGCUGUCGUGAAUCAACUCAGCAAAAGCACGAGUGGACAGAUGAUUCCGCUCAUGAGCGUGGUCUGCCAAUACAAUGAGUAGUGACAGCAGUGUCAAUGCGAUUUUGCCCCGUCCCAUCAACUGUUUUUGUUAUUAGCGAACUGUGGGCAAGCACCAAGGAUAAAUGUAUGCAGGUCGUAAAGAAACACGACCAUCUGCUGCUCAGCUAAUGAAAAGUGGGAUUUCCAACCUUUCUAUACUACGCCCUAAUUUUGGCUGAGAACGCAACAAAGCUAUUGACUGAUACGCUUCCUUGCACGUGAACAGCUGAAGAAAACCUACAAGUACAACGAUGUCUCUCCAGGCAUCGCUGCUACCAUCGGCAGGACAAACGCCUUCGUCGAGUGGCCGAGAGAUCUACCGUAACGGCUGGUUGCGCUGCAUCCCAUAUCUGCAAACGUCGGACCAACUGCCCAAAUCGCACCUGGAAAAUCUAUUUGUUUCGUUCUGCGUUCAUGAUGAUGACGGGCCCUGGUUAGAGUUCUACGACAAUCGACACUGUUCAGCCGAACAUAAGCCAGUGGCCAGAUUCUCAUUGAAUGAAUGUUUGCACAUCUCACCACGGCUCGUCUGUCAAGAGGAGGAUUGCUUCGAGUUUGCAGUUACGUUGAAAGAUAAAGUAUUGAGAUUAGCGACUGAGAGUCGCGAGUUGACAUUGGACUGGGUAGCCACACUCACGGAGAAGCUCAGGGAGAGAGGUGUAUUCCGACCAAAGGAAAACGAAUAUACUACUGAACCGUACAAAGCCAUCCCUGUAGCGGGUGUCAGCACAAACAGCAUAAAUGCCGGCCACACGAUUGGCGGCGCCAACACUGGAUCGCAGUUAGGUCCUAACAACGUUGUUCUACUUCCACCGGCGCACCCCCGAAGAAAUAUGCCCUUACCCCCACCGCCUACGGAAGAACCCAAUGACAGGUUAUUUGGCAACGGAGGUGUCCGACGAGGAGGGGAUGCUCGUAGCAGUAGUACGUCAGCCGGGUCCGGCUAUAGGCCACCGUCAGAAGCCGAAAUGCAGUCAACUCUAUUAAGCAUGGUCGAGAGUAGUAGCCGAUUUCUGCGUCAGGAGUCGUUGGAGAGUGAUGCGUCAUCGAACUCGAGUUGUGCCAGCUCUGGCGAUCACGAAACUGCGCACGUUGGCGUAGCGACGCUUGCCACACCGUCUGGAACACCUCGAGAUCCUACAUCACCGUUGCCUGCGCCGCCUUCCCAAAACCAGCCGAUUUAUGAACCAAUAUUCCCUCUUGCUGAUCGCCGCUUAGAACGAAAUAAUCAUAUCAGCCGGACUGAGUCAGCGCGAGUCGCCGGUCCACGCUAUCGAAUUGCAUUCUUGGAAGAUCGCAGCACGAAACGGCACUCGUACACGGGCAUGGUCGGCUUUGAAGACGCGAUCAAUGGAAACAGCAACGGUAUUAGCGGCGUUGCUAAUACAAUAGCAGAGAAUAGGGCGGCACAUGCACAGCUCAUCCAGCACGACAUGAGCACAGGCGAGCGAAUUGACGGUGAGGGGCCUCCGGCAAGGGGCGAUUUCUCAAGGCCGUUACAUAAUACAAACCCUCUCAGGAAUAUGUCAAGUUUGUCAGCAGCUGAACGCGUUAUGGCACAAGAUACGCUUUACUCGGAUCCUACCAGCGGUGGUGAUGAUGACGCAAUGGUUGGUGUUGAUCCAGUAACGAGUGCAGCCUCUACAAGCAUAGUUCACCGGCCGUUGCCUAACUGUGAUACAAUGACACAUCAACAAACUAUCACCAAAUGUCCGACGUCGUCACCCCUCGGCGAUACCCCGGUACCCCCUGAGGUUCCAGCUAGAACGCGACACUCGAUCGCUGAACCGAGGCCGCUCAGUCCGAAGCCUCCGCGGGCGGUUUUACGGCGAGAAGUCACUCAGGACAAUAUACACAGAACACUGGCAGCUACGCCACUAGAUGACAGCGAAAGGCCCAAUCAGGACAAUAAUAAUCUAUAUAGACAAGCUCACCAGGCGCAUGAAAGAGUCCAUGUCCGAAACAGUACAGUUGUACCUAGUCCGUCCCUCUCUGAUACCUUAAACACGGCCACCCAUGCCGAGGCUCCUCAGAUUGGCGAGGGUCUAUACGUAGAAAUUAGCGAGACCAGCACAGGACAGGUCCCGCUGAGGGAAGCGCAAAUCCUCAAAUUACAAGAAGAGAUGGCACACCAGGCAGGCAUGCUUGUGAAGUUUGCAAAACGGGAACUUCAAGGCAGUCUGGCACUAGUUGACGUUGGAGGGGCAGUGUACAUCGCUGGCUGGAAUAAACCACAAAUGAGGACAUACUUGCACAUUGGCGAUCGGCUGCUCAACAUUUGUGGCAGGAGAGUUAUUUGCGCGUCUGAAGCUCACAAAACGAUCAAAAGUCUCGUUAUCAACCAAAUUGUUGAACUCACCAUCCAGCGAGUUCCUUAUGGAAGGGCACUGGCGAUGCGAAGAAGCUUUGAUGGCGAGAACUUGGGACUUAUUAUGGAGAAUGGCACGAAUGAGAUCCAUAGGGUGCUCGAGGGUGGCCUGGUUCACCGUAGUGGAUUGCCUCUCAUGGUACCAACAGCUUUAGAUGGUGGCAUGACGUUGACGUCGUGGUGGAUUACCGAGGUUAACCAUCGACCGAUCAGCCUGUUCUACAAAAAUUUCGAAAUUGAACCGCGUUUACGAGCCGUAGGCAAGGAUAUCUCCCUCGUUGUGCAACCGUCGGAUUUCAUUCGUGCGCUUAAAAAACAGCUCAAAUCGAUGUGGACAUAUAAAAGUUACAUCGUACAAUAGCAAACAUGUUCAUCAUUUAUAUGUAUCGUAAUAGUAUAUCAUCAAGUCUAUUCCCAUCACACGACCCCGCAGAAGGAUUCUGCUUGCUCUUUAAUGGCAAUUCGACUUAAAAUGUAGAAGGAAAAUGCGUUGGUGCUACGCUGAGCUGAUUUUCAUCUCGACCGAUAAUUAGCAUCAAUGAGAACAGAGACAUGAAGUGUUACCUUAUUUUAUAUACGACCCCAAAACUAAUUAGGCGACUACAUGCUUUUCGAUUACUGACGGGUUUGUGCAUGAAUUUAAUGCUAUGAUUGAGACUAUAAGUUACUAACUAACUAACUAACUAAAUUAACAUUUGUGGUGUUCUAACACAUUCAGAUACGUUAGUGUGGCAGGUCAAGAACGUUCUGUGGUUACACGCGGUACAUGAUUGUAGUAGGAAUGAGAAUAGUAACUGCCACAACUCUGUAUUGAUUAUGUACUUUCAUUGUAGUUCGAUAGUGGACCCGAUAUUGACGUGUAACAAAUGUACAUAACUAUGUAUAUAGUCAAUAUAGAGAACGAGUGUGCGCGGUUAUCUACCCGCGAAAAUCAAAUGAAUGUCUAUACAACUGUAUUAACGGGUGAAAAUAUUCGCAUGAAAAUGUUAUACGCAUAACGUAACCCUACAAUUUUGCACAAGUAGUUAUCACAAGUAACUUUACAUACUAUUAAUAGAACUUACGUUGCGGCGGUCGAACAUGUGGUAGACGUCGAGAAAUUCAUAUGUCUUUCAAAAGCAGCGUGUCUAACAUCUACUCAUUUUUUACAAUAUCUGUAUAUAUAAAACGAUUUGAUAAAAAAAAAUGUAAAAAUGCCACUGUA